AUGGCUCCAACAACGUCUUCCGAAGAUUCUCUGAUGGAAAAGAUUGUGGAGGCGCUCCGCAUGUUGGCCAGCGAAAAGAGAGAUACAAGUCAGGAAACAAAUAGAGCCGUGGCCCUUACGAACGCUCUAACCUUAAUCGGCACUUUCGAAUACGACCCAGAGAGCGGGUUGACCUUCCAGCGGUGGUUCUCCAAGAAUGAGCACAGUUUCCGAACUCUCUGUGAGUCAGAUGCGGAACGACGUCAGCUCCUCUUGCGCACUCUCGGGAAAAGUGAAUACACACAACUUCGUGGUAGAACCUCACCAAAUGAGCCCGAGAGCCUGGAAUACGUUGCCCUGGUCGUCAUUUUGAAAGACAUGUUUGCCGUUUCAAAGUCUUUGUUCCGCCGGCGGUUCGAACGUUGCUCCAAGAUCGCCUACCUCCGGAAGACCGCGGAACAGAUCGCCAGUAACGCUGUCUUGAGAGCUGAUGAUUUCGAGUUGAGCUCAUUCUCCUUGGACUCUCUCCGAAUUUUCAUCAUGCUUCUGUCUGUUUCCGAUCCCAGCUAUCAAGGCCUACGCAACGUGAUCAUAAAAGCCGUCGACGACAAACCAUCGGUAACUGCUGAUGAGGUUCGCUUGGUCAUGAAGAGGUACGAGACGCGUACAAGCGACGCUAAACUCAACUACGGUGUGACGAAGGAGGACCCAACUACUCCAACCGUAUUCGCCACCACACUGAGGAAGCCAGCAAAGAAGACAGCAAAGAACCCCCAAGCCGCCGGUCGUCAGUCAGUCAAGGAGCAAGCAUCUUGUGCUGGCUGUGGUGGGGACCACAUUCGUCGAGACUGCAAAUUUCGCAAGGCGAAAUGCAACGUCUGCCGAAAACUUGGUCAUAUCGACCAAAGCUUGUCGUGCAACUGGGUCGAACGCUGUCUACAUCAACAGGGUGCUCGAAACUUCGCAGCUUUCUGA